UCGCAACCUUAAUACAGUGCAGAGAUAGGAGUACGAAGAGAGCAAACAGAUAUAGUAAGAGAGAUGCUGUGGUCCAAAACUGCGAUAAGGCUUUCCCCGUGGUGGCAAAUGUUGGUUGGAUCCAUCGAUUGGGUCGCUGCCGCCAGGGCAUCCAAUAAACUAGAGUAGGUCGCGCAACUGGUGAUCUGGUCACUGCGCAAGAACCCACCGUUCUCCACUUACUACCAGGGACACCUCAAUAACACGAAAGAAGGCGAAAAAAAAAAUAAAUCAAAAAGAUAGUAGUUGUAUAAGAUAUACAGCAACAACAGCAUAAACAAUCCGGAGUUGACAUUGAAAGACUUUCACCGAAUCCGGCUUUUUUUCUGGUGAGGUGACCAAAGUGUGAAGCAGCCCAGCAGUCGAGAACUCGUGGUGCGGUGGUGCUGAAGGCUCUAGUUUCCAGGAUAAAUCAAUACGCUCCACUUUUCGGGGCCUCUGGUGGCGGCGCUUUCCUGGAUUUUCCCGGCGCGGAGUUUCCUUUACCUCCGCGCAAAUUUCCACGGACCGUGCACCAAGCAACUUCGUUCCAUCCCAGACCGAAGCCGACGAGAGCAGCUACAACAACAACAUCAACAAACAUACCUUUGAACCUAGGUGAAGCAGAGCAGAGAGAGCAAGCAACAUGAGUGGUGUCGACGAUAUCAUCAACUACAAGCGCAAGGAGUUCGAGGACUACUAUGCCAUCAUGGGAUGCGAUGAACAUUCCUCGAUCGAGCAGAUCCUCACCGAGUACAAAGCCAGAGCUCUGCAAUUCCAUCCCGAUAAGAACGAUGGCUGCAAGGAAGCUGAGGAGAAGUUCCAAUUGCUCAAGGAAGCCAAGGAGGUUUUGUGUGAUCCGGAGAAGAAGUUGAAUUACGACAAGUGGAAGAACAGCGGAAUUUCCAUCAGCUACAAGCAGUGGCUCGGGAUGAAGGAACACGUCCAUCAGUCUAUGCACUGGAGCGUCCCGAAGACCAAGGAUCGCAUGCUGCCGGAAUCCGGAGGAUCUUCAGGACCUUCGAGCUUGGGAGCCGGCGGGAUAACAGCUGCUCAACGCAGGGCCUCCGAAGGUGGAGCCAAUCUGCACUGGGGAUCCAAGAACGCUGGAUCCGCUUGGGGAACCGAAGCUCCCACCGAGAUCGUCAGCAAAUUCAGAAAUUACGAGAUCUAAAUUGCAUUUUCAAUAUAAAAUAUAAAUUCAAUUAAUGGAACAAAAAAAAAUACACAUAUUUAAAGUUAA